AUGUCGACAGUCAGUCAUGACAAGCGCACUGAACCCAUUGUCACCAACCACGGACCUGUCAGAGGCUUCAUACAAGAUGGCAUCCAGCACUUCUUAGGUAUCCCGUAUGCUGCUCCACCAGUUGGCUCGUUACGCUGGCGGCCGCCAAUUUCACCACCAUUAUGGGUCAAGCCUCUAGAUGCGGUAGAAUUUGGAAACGUCUGCGCGCAGGACAGUUCGUGCUUUCCGGGCUUUGGCUACACCAGUACUUCCGAGGACUGCCUUUGCCUUAAUGUCUGUACACCGACCCACCAGAAAGCUGAUGAGAAAUUACCCGUCAUGGUACUAUUCCCUGGCGGAGGGUUCUUCUGCGGCGGUAGCAACGACUACAACCCCUCGUGGCUUGUCAUGGACGGGAAUGUAGUGUUUGUUUCUUUGAAUUAUCGACUCGGCAUCUUUGGGUUCUUUUCACACCCAGCGAUCAAUGCGGAGGACCAUGCCAUCGGUAACUACGGCAUCAUAGAUCAACAGCUCGCCCUCGAAUGGGUUCAGAACAAUAUAGGAGCCUUCGGUGGCGAUCGCACCAAUGUGACUAUUAUGGGAGAAUCUGCUGGGGGCAUCAGCGUCAUGACACAUAUGGCAUCACCUCGUUCUGCCGGCCUAUUUCACAGAGCAAUUGUUCAAAGCGGUGGUUCUCCUCCUACAAUUGCGUUUCCCACAGUUGAAUCACGGGCGGAACGUGGAACCGCGCUGGCGUCCGCGGCUGGCUGUAGGACACAAACGCCUGCGGAACUGAGGGCUCUUUCGGCAGAGAAGAUCUUGGUCACCAACGCCAUGCCUUCAGGUGCUUUUGGCACAGGCCAGUAUACGGUGGGGUUGAUGGAAGAUGGGCUCGUUGUUCCAAGCGCACUCCGUGAGAAAUUCAGGACCGGAAAGUUCAACCGAGUGCCUCUACUCAUCGGUGUCAAUCGGGACGAGUUCUCCUGGUUUCAAGGCAUGAUGGAGUUGACUACCGGACAGAUUCUAACGGCCGAGAUGUAUCCAGCAACACUCACUCUUGCCUUGAAGAUGGUUGCCCAAUUCGGGAUCCUAGGACUGACAAUUCCAGACGAGGCAGUCAGUAUAAUUAUACAGCGAUACCCUGUCAACUUACACCCUAAACCAAGCCGUACACUUGCUGCGGUCCUCGGAGACACAGGUCUGAUCUCAACUGCUGGCCGGCGCACCGCUCGAGUUAUCAAACAAUUCGUCAGCGACGUUUACACAUACGAGUUCGAUGUUGCUGACUCGCCCACCGCUUGGCCUGAAGUCUCAUUUCCUUACGGAUCUGCACAUGCUUCAGAGCUCCAAUACAUUUUUCCACUCUUUUGUGGCGGCGGUGGGAAACCACAUCCACUCAACAAGUCCCAGGAGCAACUUGCGAAGCAGAUGGUAUUCCGUUGGACAUCCUUCGCUCGGCAUGGAACACCAAACCCGAAGGAGGCCUGGUCGCCCAUUGAAACUUAUUGGCCUGUAUACGACGCUCAAGAUGACAAUGUUAUGUUACUUUGCACGGCAAACUCUCAAGUGAUAGAUAGAUGGGGAGAUCGACACCAGUGCGACUUCUGGGAUUUAUUUUAUGUAGAUGAUUAG